GCUUGUACAUUGUGGCUGCAUGCAACAGAGUCAAGAGUUGGUCUCCAAGUUGGAAGAAGUCCACUCAGUGUUUCAUACAAAUUUAUCAAUUCACCUACGGUGUAUAUUUUUGUGCAGGAAGACCCAGCAAUUUUCAAGGAAACCAUGUUUAUGUUGAAGAUCUCUGCCUUUCUUGUUGCUUAUGCCCUGGUUAUUUGCCAGAUGUACAGCUCCCAAGCAGCUCCUGCCAGACCUGGUUUAGAGUCUCUGACAGAACGGGUCACGCUGACAGACUAUGAAGCGCGGCGGUUACUAAACGCCAUUGUCAAUGAGUUUGUGCAGAUGACAGCAGAGGAGCUGGAACAGCAAGUGAAUGAAGGAAAUAGCAGCGUUACAGCACAGAAGCGAGCGUGCAACACUGCCACCUGCGUGACUCACCGCCUGGCGGACUUCCUGAGCAGGUCGGGGGGCAUCACCAGCAGCAGUUUUGUCCCCACCAACGUGGGUGCCCAUGCGUUCGGCCGACGGAGGAGACACAUCCAGAUGUGAACAUUCCACCAGCCUUCAGGGAAAGGAGGUUGACCCUUCUCAACAAGAUGACAUCAUGUCCAAUCUAGGCAGAAAAAAAAAAUAUGACAGCCACCACAUUCAUCCUCCCCGUCAACAGAAGAGCGGCUCCCAGGCCAUGACAUGACUCUCAUAUGCUCUCUUGAUGUUAUAACCCUCCCAUUUUGCUUUUGGCAAUCAUGCAAAAAGACGAGAAAAAAAACAUUACUUUUGCUAUGUACAUCAGACGACUAGCCCCACCGCCCUUCAAAACAAUGGAGGAAAAUAUAUCUUAUUUUUUGAUAUGACAUUGAUUUUCAAUAAAAUAGAAAAGCAGUGUUUAUUUCCUUUCUUCGGCAUAGAGUACUUAUGUAUCAUACCCCCACCCCCCACCCCUCUCUCCAUGUCCCAGCAGUGCUGCCAUACCUCGGGGACAACAUUAAAGUUCAGCCUAUCCAAGGCUCCCUCUCGAUGGCUGUGUCUUGUGCCUUGAUGUAAAACAUUUACAUGACAUGAUUGUACAGUCUGUUCCUGUACUUUGAAGACAGAAGACGAGACAUUCAUGAUAUUAAUAUUGUAAUGACUGUGAAUUUCAGCAAGAUUAAAACGUAUUUUAGAUACA